AUGGAUGUGAAAGAGAAAUCGGAUCGUAGUGAUGUGAUAAGGAAGCCCAAUUACUUGCUUAUGUCCUUGCAAAGGAUACUAGUGUUGACUUUUAUUAUAGCAUGUGUGGUUGUUGUUGUUUACUAUACACCUAUGCCAGAGGAAUAUUUCGAAAAUUGUGAUCGCGAAUGUCACGAGCUAGACUGGCCUAUGAUUUGCAGAGUAAAACUCGUUAUAGAGGUGUACAAAACUUUCAGCAAAUCUUGCAAUAGUUGCGUGGAAAAUGGAGGCGAAUGUCCUGCGAUGUGCAUCACAGCUGAUGGUAGGGAACGAGGUGUUCUCUCUGCGAACAGAGAAUUGCCUGCACCUGCCUUCCAUGUAUGUCAGAACGAUAUUCUAGUCGUUGAUGUAGUACACCGAGCUCCAGCGCAUGCAUUAUCAAUACAUUGGAGAGGUCAACCUCAAAAAGAGACGCCUUUUAUGGAUGGUGCUCCCAUGUUAACACAGUGCCCUCAGCCUGCCUAUACAACGUUCCAGUAUAAAUUUCGAGCCUCGGCUGUAGGAACACACAUGUACCAUGCACAUUCAGCAGCUGAUGCCGCUGAUGGAUUGGCUGGAGCGUUUAUUGUACGACAGUCACCACGUCUGGAUCCUUUAGCAGGUCUCUACGAUGUGGAUGCAACAGAUCAUACAAUUUUUGUUGCCGAAUGGGGUCACUCCAUGGGACCACUUGCGGGUGUCACAUCAAAAAUACCAAACGCAGAAUCUUUACUCAUUAACGGUAAAGGGAAAACAGAUGAAUCUCUGAGCGCGCCAUUAUUUAAGUUUAAUGUAGAAUAUGGCAAACGUUAUAGAUUCAGAUUGGCAUACGGCGGUGGAUUUAAAAGCUGUCCAAUAAACUUUUCCAUUGACAAACAUGCUAUUAAGCUGGUUGCUUUGGAUGGUCAUAUAAUUCAAACCGAAACUGUAACAUCAAUUGAAUUAGGAAGAGGAGAGCGAGCCGAUUUCAUUCUAGACGCUAAUCAAGCGAUUGGUGUAUACAAAAUGAGAGUUGUGGCAGAUAAAUCAUGUCAGGAUAAUUUGGUGGGUGAAGCCGAAUUGAUAUAUAAAAAUCAGGACAAUAAGGUUUUACUUAAGAAUGAGGGCAGUGAAGAUUCAACAAUUAAUCGCAUAUUUUCAACAGUGGCUAGUGAUAAUUGUGUGAGUGAUACUGUUCUGUGCUUGGAUGAAAUACAUGGAGUUGAAAAACUUACUUCGGAACUAGCGGAGCCAGUUGACGAAGUCAUUUAUGUGCCUUUUAAUUACUCAACGCGGCAAAUGUCAGCGAGACGUUUCGAAAGCUGGGGUCAUACCGACGGUCACCGCUUCACGUAUCCUGCCUCCCCGCUUCUGACGCAAGGCUCCGAUGUGGCCCCCGAAGCGAUGUGUCCCAAAAACACUGGGGAUGGAGAUGAGUGCGUCCACGUCAAAAACAUCCCUUUACACUCAACCGUCGAGUUAAUAAUGUUUGAUCAAGGAGGGGAAUCAGAUCAUAUUUUCCAUCUCCACGGCUACAGUUUCUAUGUCACUGGAGUUCGUCAAAUGGAUACGAGAUUGGAAAAAGAAACUGUGAUGAAAAUGAAUCAAGAUGGUACGCUGUUCCCCACAAAGAAUCUCGAUGACCCAGUGAGAAAAGAUACGAUAGUCAUUCCUAAAUUCGGUGUCGUCGCCUUGAGGUUCAAGGCGGAUAACCCCGGUUACUGGAUGAUGAGGGACGAAAGAUCAGCUCAUUGGACUAGGGGCUUGGAUUUUGUUUUAAAAGUCGGAGAUCAAAGAGAUUUCGUUCAAGCUCCCGCAGAUUUUCCCAAAUGCGGUUCAUAUGUCGGUCCAGAAUAUUUCUUGAUAUAG